GGUUUCGGGGUUCCUUGUAUGCUCGACGUGCUGUGUAAGCUGAGGGUUGGUCCGAUGUCGUGAUCCGUUAGUGUCUCACCCCAUUGGUCGUCUCCCUAGCCUCGACAGCGACCCACAUCAAAGUCUGUAAUCAGUCCACCAAAUUGGGGAGGGGUCCUUGAUCUAAACCUCUCACCCCUCGUCUAUCCUUACGAUCGUUUUUGUUUUUCCCCCUUCUCUUACGGAAACAAGAAAAAAGACCGACCGGGGAAGAUUCCUGGUACACAUCAUGCCGGCCAUGCUCCGCACCCGCGUUCCUCAACUAGCGGCCACCCACUCCCUUACCAAGUCUUCCAUUCGCAGCCUGGCAACAGUCUCGCCAGUGCAGACGGCUACUCGCCAACACGAGAUUGUCGUGAUUGGCGGUGGCUCAGCCGGCAUCGCGCUCUCUCACCAACUGCUCCGCAAAGCAAACCUCUCUCAGGAUGACAUUGCCAUUGUAGACCCCGCACAAUGGCACAACUACCAACCGGGCUGGACCCUCGUUGGCGGCGGCCUGAAGAAAAAAGAAGACCUCCGCCGCCCCAUGAAGGACCUGAUGAACCCCAAAUUCAAGUUCUACAACACGGCCGUCGGAAGCCUUCACCCGGAGGAAAACUACAUCACCACGACCAACGGCGACAAGCUUUCGUACGAGCAGCUUGUCGUUGUGCCUGGAAUCACGCUAGACUACGCAUCUGUGUCGGGCCUCAAGGAGGCGCUAGAAGAGAAGGACUCGAUGGUCUCUACGAUUUACGACUAUGCCUACUGCGACAAGGCAUUUAGCAACGUGCAAAAGUUCAAAAAGGGAGGCGCCGUGUUUACCCAGCCCGCGGGCGUCGUCAAGUGUGCAGGCGCGCCGCAAAAAAUCAUGUGGCUUGCCUUGGAUUACUGGAAGAACGCCGGGCUAUACAAUCCCACGUCGUCAUCGCCAAUUAACAUUGCCUUUGCCACGGGCCUGCCCAAGAUGUUCGGUGUGGACAAGUACAGCCAAACGCUGGAAAAACUGCGCGUCGAGCGCGGCGUCGACGGCCUCUUCCAGCACGAUCUGGCCUCCAUCUCAGGCAACACAGCUACAUUUAACGUGGCCAACCAAAAGGACCCCGUCAAGCGGCACUUUGACUUUCUGCACGUAGCGCCCAAGAACGUGCCGUGGCCCGUCAUCAAGAACAGCGCGCUAGCCAACGAAGCGGGCUACGUCGCCGUGUCGGAUACCACGACGCAGCACACCAAGUACGCCAACGUAUGGUCCAUCGGCGACGCAUCCUCACUGCCCACAAGCAAGACGGUCGCAGCAAUUACCUCGCAGCUGCCCGUGCUGGUGUCCAACAUGCUGAGCCACAUGCAGGGCAAGCCGCUCGACGCCCUCUACGACGGCUACACGUCGUGCCCGCUGCUGACGGGCCGAAACGAGGUUCUGCUCGCCGAAUUCAAGUACGGCGGCGUCCCCAAAGAAACUUUCAACGCCCUGCUGGGCAUCGACCAGGGCGUCCCGCGCAAGCCGUUUUACUGGUUGAAAAAGGAGUUUUUCCCCUGGGUCUACAAUCGCUUCCACGUCAAGGGCGAGUGGGCGGGUCCAAAGGGGCUGGCGAGAUGAGGCUGUUGCGUGUGUAAAACAUAUAAUGGGGUGGGGGGGGGGGGGUGACGAGGAAGAGAGAAGAAAAAAAGUGUGAGUUUUUAAGAUUUUUUUUUAGCUUUGUUAAGUAGCGGAAAUUGCGUAAUAUACCCUGUUUUGGUGUUGCCUACAAGUUACCUGGGAUAUCUCCUUGCACUUCUCUCUCUCUCUCUCUCACACACACACACACACACGCAUCAUGGCAUGACCCCGCUACAGCUGAACCCAUGACUACGAACUCAGCACCACAACGAGUUUCACAUUGUAUCACUCGAG